CUAGUUCUUCUGCGGCGAACAAGGUCAAUCCAGGGCCGUGGUGCGGGUGCUGUUUUUUUUCCAACAAGUUUAUGUUGGUCGCUCGACCGCUGCAGCAAUGAAGAUACAGAAAGCAAAUGCAGGUGUCCUUACAAACUUCGAAGUCCUUGACUUCUUGCGGUCAAGAGGUGCCAAAAUUGACCCAAUGGGAUGUUUGGGGGCUGUUGCUGUAUCAGAGUGUAAGGUGUAUGAGUAUAUCUUAAAAACCCCUGCUUGCAACCAGACAAGGGAAUCGAUUUAUGAAUUUGUGAAGAGAAGUGAGGGUUUCAGGCUUGCAGAGGCUGAUAAGUUAAAUGUCAUCAACUGGAGACCAUCCUCAGCUGCCGAUGCCUAUGCGAUGAUAGAAGAAUGUGGGAAACGAUUUUCCAGGGAUGAACGAGGAGAAGCAUGUGAUGAAGAUGAACAAGUCCAGGAGUUUCUUGAUAUGGUGAAGGAGGUUUUGCCAGCCCCUCCGAAAGCAGAGGUGGAGACAGCGGAGGCAGAGGCCGAGGCGGGAGUAGAGGCAAUGCAAGAGUGAAUGUGGUGUAAGUUAACAUAUUUGAGGGCCAGAUUGCAUUAGACACUAGUGCUAAGUGCUGCAAGGAAACUUAGAACACUCAGGUCGGCUGUUAGUUCUGGAAGCUUUCUCCCUAACGCUUCGUUUGGAUAUUAUCGUAUUCAUCUCAAUCCAUGUAUAUUGAGGUGGAUUGAGGCGUAAAUUAAACUAUUUUACACUCCAAUCUGCCUCAAUACACAUGGAUUAAGGUGAAUACAGGAGUAUCCAAACAAGCCCUAAAGUUUUUUUACUCUUAACCAUAUUCUACACUCGGCUGUGUUUAUUGUGAUAUGUUGUGAUCUGCAUUCUGGGCAGUGCUUCAUCA